AUGUUGGGCGCCCGGACCAAGCAAGUCUUUGCAUAUGGCCGCCGUGGACAUCGCAUCGUCAAUGUAUCCGAUGACGCCGACCGCCGUAACACGAAGGAGGCCGAUCAUGUAGACACUAGGCGUGAAAACGCCGUCCCGGAAAGCCCACUGGUUUCUUCUAAAACACUCAAGACCUCUGUGGUGCAGAAGUCCUCACAGCGGGCGGGAACUGGAAAGAAGUCCCCCAAGGUUGUCAAAGUAGGUGCAGCGGUGCUCCCGAAGUCCAAGCGACAUGUCCUGGGCUCCUUCGCACCCAAUGCACCCGCCUCUCCGGCCGUAGCUGCCCCGUUGAAGGCGAAGCGUCACCCGACCGUCGCCAAACGCUCGGCCUUGGCCCCCAGUUCGCCGAUCGUGAACCUGGACAUCGUUGUCCUCGAUGGACAAGGCCGGCGCGUCAGCCAGGAGAGGCGUAUAUCUCGUUCGGACGUUACGGCCAACGUCUUGGCUGCCCCUGCUCUUGAGCCUAAGGCUCCUGCUCGCGCGAAGGCAAAGAAACAGGAUGAGCCCAUCGUCCUCAGUUCAGGCACCGAAGAUGAAGCACCCGCUGCUAGGCCAAAACGGACUACUCGCAUUCGCAAAGCAGCUCCAAUAAUCAUCUCGGACGAUGAGAAUUCGGGUUCAGGUAGCGACUACGCGCCUCCUUCAGCAGCAACAUCGCUUGAAGCCGACAGCUCUUUGGAAAUAUCUACGCCUAUACCGAAGGCUAAACGUGGGCCUGCACGAACUCGGGUCAACGUCGUCUUAUCCCCGCCUCCCAGCCCUUCGCCAUCGCCUCCCUCAUCACCUCUUGCGACGCCACCGGCUCACGUCGACGCUUUCCAUUCCCCAGUGCCUCAGAAGAAAGCGGACCUCCCUUCAGUGUCUGUCGCCAGGACUCACACUCUACCUAGCCAACCGCUCCGCCCCCAACAGUUCGCUCCCUUCGCAUCUCUUUCCCAAAUCGACGAGGCAGGCCCCAGUCGCUCGAAGCCACGAUGUCUCACCCCAAUCCGCGCCCGUCCACGACGCGCGCUCUUCCCCGCCCCGCCCUCUCCACCUUCCCCUACUACGCCCACUGACCUCGAUGUGACGUUCGACUUCGCUCAGCUCGCGCUUUCCCCAAACGCACUUGCCGAAGUACAGCAGCUAGGCGAAGCAGGACCACUACAGCCCGCACACAUCCGCCCUCUGCUCGAGGAAUGCGCGCAAGCCGGCCCGCACGAGUUCUCCGCCUUCAUCGAGAUGUUCCCCUUCGACCCGAUCGUGCAAGACACGUCCGCCGAGGGCGCGGGUGCGGGGCCGCCGCGCUUCCUCAAGAUCGGCGAGGCGAGCUUCUCGGAGGUGUUCGGCAUCGGGGGCGUCGUGCUCAAGAUCAUCCCGUUGCGGGACGAGGAGCGCAUGGGCGCUCUCGACGGGGUGGCGGACGGCCCCGCGCCGAGCGACGCGAAAGACGUGCUGAAGGAGAUGAUCGUGACCCGCGCGAUGGGUGCGACCUGUCCGGGGUUCGUGGAGCUCCUGCGGACGUACGUCGUGCGCGGGAAGUACCCCUCGCUCCUCCUCGACCUGUGGGACGAGUACGACGAGCGCAAGGGCAGCGAAGGCGUCAGACCAGAUACGUUCGGCGUCUCGCAGCUGUACGCGAUCAUCGUGCUUCCGAACGGCGGGCCCGACCUCGAGGCGUACACCUUCAGCUCGCCCACCAAGACCGGCUGGCGCCAGGCGUGCAGCGUUUUCUGGCAGGUCGCCCGCACGCUCGCGGACGCGGAGGAGCUCGUCAGCUUCGAGCACCGCGACCUCCACUGGGGCCAGAUUCUGGUGAAGAAUGUCACGUCCGCGAAGGGCGCCGCGGGGCGCCGCAAGAGCCGCACGUCCAUGGACGACGCGGCCCACGGCGUGCUCGUGACGGUCAUCGAUCUCGGCCUCGCACGCAUGGAUGCGCACGACGCUGGCGGACACCGCGUCCACUGGACGCCGUUUGACGAGGAGACGUUCGAGGGUGAAGGGGACUACCAAUUCGACGUCUACCGCAUGAUGCGCCAGCACAAUGGCGACGCUUGGGAGGACUACCGCCCGCUCACGAACGUGAUGUGGCUGCAUUACUUGGCGGUCAAGCUCCUGAAAUCGAAACGCCUGCGGGCGCCCGCAGCGGCACGCAAGAGCACCGCGGCUGCCCCGGCGGCGGCUUUCAGCGAGCGCGACUGCUACGAGUGUCUGAAGGAGGUCGAGGCGCUGCUCGCGCAGUGUCUGGCGCCCCAGGCGCCGCGCAAGGGCAGGCGGAAGACGCAGGCCCCCGGCAAGGCUGGGAAGGCGGUGCCAGGGCUGGGCGCGGGGCCGCAGAGUGCCGGGGAGCUCGUCGCGUUGGCGGUUGAGAGGGCGUGGGUGUCGUGAGCGGGAGCUCGAUAGUUUCGUUAGUUGGGAUGUGUGCACAUGGAUUCUACCGGUGUAUCUUGAGCUGUAUUGUAUACAUACCUAGUUCGCCGUAUUAUAUAUACC